AUGUUGUCUGCCGAGGGAGAUAGCUAUGUGGUGACCUUCUCACUCGCAGUCGUUAUCGCGUUUGCUGUCGUCUUGCUCAGUUGGUCAUGCAGCACAACAGCCGACCAGAUACCCACCGUCAACUCAUACCCUUGGGACUGGGGUCAGAAGAAAGCUCACCAGCAAUACCUCUUGAACUCUAGAAGCUUGAUCCAGGAGGGUAUCAGAAGACUAGAAAAUGAGGGAAAAAAAAAAUUGACGCUGACAUGGUUCAUCAAGGAAUACUUUGGAGGAUACCCGGGCAUGGAAGGGAUUGGGAUGGUCACCGAUCCCAGACGUAUUGUUAUCGACGUCACCAAAAAGAAACUCAACCAGAGUAGCCAAUGCAAGUUGAUGCAGGAACAUAUCAAUGAGGCGUUAGGAGAUAUUUGGGGCAAUAGUGAAGGUAAAAAAAGCCAUUCCUUACAUGUACAGUCAAAAAAACCCAUCAAAACUUACCAUUAUCCAGACUGGCAUUCCGUGGACUGGGGCCAGCAUGCAGUCAGGUUCAUCGCUCGAAUGUCGUCUGCCGUCUUCUCGGGAUCAGACCUCUCUCGAGACCCGGAAUGGCAGAACCUCAUCAUAACAUACACUAUCAACACCUUCAUAAGCGUCAGAGCACUUCGCUCAUACCCUUCGUUCCUCCACCCUUUGGCCCGCUGGCUUCUCCCCGAAUGCAGAAAAUGUCAAGCUCAGGUCCGCGAGGCACGGAAGUUGCUGCAUCCAAUCAUCCAGAACCGUACAGGGUCCGAUGAUACCUUCCAAUGGCUUACGGAUGUUGCUGCAGGUAGGCCGUUUGAUCAAGCUGCGGCACAGUUGGCGUUUGCAGUUAGUGCUUUGCAUACCACGACCGAGCUGCUUAAGCAGACCUUACUGGACAUAUGCAUGCAUCCGGACCUUGUACAGCCUAUUCGGGAUGAAGCGGAGGCGGUGAGCCAGCAUGGAUGGACGACUGCCGGGCUGUUCAAAAUGCAGAUCCUUGAUAGUGUUAUUAAGGAGAGUCAGCGUUUGAAGCCUGGCCUGCUAGUCAACCUUGAACGUAAAGCUCUUCGCGAUGUUGUUCUCCCCAAUGGCAUGAAGUUACCCAAGGGGACCAACGUUGCUGUCGAUUCUUCCAUUAUGUGGGAUCCGGAAAUCUAUCCAAACCCAACUGCCUACGAUGGAUAUCGAUUCCUUAGAUUACGUCAAGCAGGAAAUGCUGCCGCAGCCUUGGUAUCCACCAGUCACGACCACAUCGCAUUUGGCAUUGGGAAGCCGAUUUGCCCUGGAAGAUUCUUCGCUGCAAACGAGCUCAAAGUGGCAUUGGCAAACAUCUUACUAAACUACGAUGUUGAAAUAGCCGGAGAACGCAAGCCAAAAAUCGUCGAAAUGGGUUGA